AUGCGACAUCGCGAAAGUACUGCGGCGACGCGAAAGUACUGCGACAUUGUGAAAGUACUGCGGCAUCGCAAAAAUACUGCGGCAACGCGAAAAUACUGCGACAUGGCGAAAGUAUUGCGGCAACGCGAAAGUUCUGCGGCAUCGCGAAUAUACUGCGGCAUCGCGAAAAUACUGCGGCAACGCGAAAGUACUGCGGCAUCGCGAAAAUACUGCGGCAACGCGAAAGUACUGCGACAUUGCGAAAGAGCUCUCCCAUUUUUCUCGGCACGAACUCGCAUUCCGUAAGUUUUCCAAUCAGUUUUAAGUCCGUAAGAGAAGCGGGAGAAACGCGAUAUCGCGCCAGGGAAAAUGCGAGACCGAAUCAACACUGUCGCAAGGUUUUCAGCAUGCCGCCAGCGAUAUCGCUUUUCUCUCGCGUCUUAUGAAGCUAAAAAUCUCUUUUGAAAUAUUAGCCCAAGAACAUUUUUUAUGAGAAAGACCAACUGAAUAUUGAAGACGGGACUCCCGUUGAUUGAAACGGGCGUCUUGGGACCGUUCAUCAAGCUGUCGAGAAGCUUCGAAAAGUCGAUUGGUGGGGGUUCUUCUUCGCUUUCCGUCAUUUGGAAUGGCUGGAUGGAACUGCAAGAGUGA